AUGCCAGUCAGCUAUCUUUCUGAUCCCAAUGCUCAAGACGACGCUUUUGAGCCCGUAUCCCGUAGCUUUCGGAUUCUAUAUCGUGAAUUGUGGAAAAGGGGCGACUCAGACGAAACCGAGGACAGGCGCCAAGUCUUCAUUCAAAGUCGUAUUUCCAUCCCAGAUUACGAAAACUUGAAGAACAGCAUGCAGUCCAGUGCUGUGAAGGUCGAUUCUUCUUCAGGAGGUAUCGUGGAAGAUGACGACGAUGAUGCAGCAGCCGCAUUAGCUAGCAUCGACCCCGAUGUCCCUCGGAUUCCAUUCGACUACACUCGGCUUGAUUUGUCGUGGCUGCCUGCGACCAUUGUAAGGGCUCAUCGGUCCUUGCUGUCGACAGGAGUAUAA